UUUUCACAAUAGCCACCGAACGGUCACACCAACUUGCAAUUUAUUUUAUUUUUCACGUGUGGCACACGAAACGCCAAGCUACCGCCUAAAAUAAACAAUAGACAGCAGCAGCAGCCCGGCGGCAACCAGACGGAGAAACUCCCGCGAGGACAGCCGAAUCGUAUAGCCAGGCGCAGCCCUUCCAGGCGAAAAAUACGCGGCAAUUCCAGGCGGUCAGUGGCCCAGCAGCGGCGUUCCCAUAGCCGGAAGAAGAAGAAGCACGUGUGCGGCUCUGAAAAGUGUGCGGAAAAGUGAAAAUCGAAAAGAUUUUGCCAGAGAAAAUAAUAAAGAGAAGUGACGCAUUAAAAGAAAGCUGAGGACAUGGUGCCCAUCGGAGCCGUGCACGGCGGCCAUCCCGGCGUAGUGCAUCCGCCGCAGCAACCGAUGCCAACGGCGCCCAGCGGUCCCAAUACGCUGCAAACGAGCUCUGGGGCAGCCGGGGCCAAUACCUCCUCGAACAGCAGUGUUUCCAACAAGAGCUCGCUGUCGGUGAAGCCCAACUAUACGUUGAAAUUCACCCUGGCCGGGCACACCAAGGCGGUCUCCGCCGUCAAGUUCAGUCCCAACGGCGAGUGGCUGGCCAGCUCUUCCGCCGAUAAACUGAUCAAAAUCUGGGGCGCCUACGAUGGCAAAUUCGAGAAGACCAUUUCGGGCCACAAGCUGGGCAUAAGCGAUGUGGCCUGGAGCUCUGACUCCCGGCUCCUGGUCAGCGGUAGCGAUGACAAAACCCUAAAAGUCUGGGAACUGAGCACCGGCAAGAGCCUGAAGACCCUGAAGGGUCACAGCAACUAUGUCUUCUGCUGCAACUUCAAUCCGCAGUCCAAUCUCAUUGUAUCCGGCAGCUUUGACGAAAGCGUUCGCAUCUGGGAUGUGCGCACGGGCAAGUGCCUAAAGACGCUGCCCGCUCACUCGGAUCCCGUGUCGGCGGUUCACUUUAAUCGCGACGGCUCACUGAUCGUGAGCAGCAGCUAUGACGGUCUGUGCCGCAUCUGGGACACGGCCAGCGGUCAGUGUCUGAAGACACUUAUUGACGAUGACAAUCCGCCAGUCAGCUUUGUCAAAUUUUCACCCAACGGCAAGUACAUUCUGGCCGCCACGCUGGACAAUACGCUCAAGCUGUGGGACUACUCCAAGGGCAAGUGUCUGAAGACUUACACAGGGCACAAGAACGAGAAGUACUGCAUAUUUGCCAACUUUUCGGUGACAGGAGGCAAGUGGAUCGUUAGCGGCAGCGAGGACAACAUGGUCUACAUUUGGAAUCUACAGAGCAAGGAGGUCGUCCAGAAGCUGCAGGGCCACACCGACACCGUGCUGUGCACUGCCUGCCAUCCCACUGAAAACAUAAUCGCCUCUGCGGCGCUGGAGAAUGACAAGACCAUUAAGUUGUGGAAGUCGGACACAUAGAGGGAGGAGAUGGGUAUCGCUGGUAUCCAGCAGGAGAAGGUGGAUGAGGAGGCAUACAUUUCUUGGAUAACAUUGUAUCGAUGUAGUUUCGCAAAAGUACAAAAUCGCGAUACUUUUCCGAAAAUACGUCGAUGUUUAAUUGAAAAAUCUUUAAGUUUUAAUAUCCCCUCUCUCUCUCUCUCUCUUUUUUUUUAUUAUUUGUAUACAUAUUUAAGCACAGAACACAAUUUCUACUCUUAAAUCACAAUUUAAAAUCGCGCUCGCAUGAUAACAAAAGGGAAUGCGUAAAAAUGUGUAUAAAUAUUUAUUCGGACACCCAAAAAACAAGCAAAACAAAUUUUGUAACCUUUUAUGCCACACAAAACCUACAAAACUAAUGAUCUUUUCGGUGACGAGACAACCUAAAUUUAAGUAACCCCCCCCCACAUACACACACACACACAUGCGUGCAGAAAGAAUAUAUAUAAAAUACGAGAUGUAAAUUAAAAAAUAAAAGAAAAGACGUCCUCGCCAACGCCAAGAAGGGGAUUCCCAUGUCUCUUGAGCGUUUUCCCCGAGGCAAGUCACUUGUGUA